UCCGAGCCGCCACUUGGGGAAGCUGCUGCCGCCGUUACCACGGGUGGAGUCCGCCGUUGAGCUAUGUGUCGUUCAGUUUCACCGCGAGCUUCCUGUCACCGCGAGCUCACCAGUAGAAGCGUUGCUAUUCGAAGAGCAAGUCUGAUUAUGUGAGCAAGUCUUAUUCGAAGCAAAAUCCUCUGAGCUCUGGAGAAUAUUUCUGACAGAUUUGGUCAUUCAAAUGCCUGGAGCAGAUUACGCUAGAUUCGUGCGUACAAUUUAUGCUUUCGCUUAGGUACCAAAAAGAAAAAAGUUUGUGGUCCCAUCCAACUCAAGCAUAUUCAUGCUUUGGAGACACAAAUAGAGUUAACAUGGUACAAUGGCAAACCCAUAGGCCCAACAAAGACACAGGUUCAAUUGUUUAGUCGGUUCUUGGGAACACUUGCAAGAAACUCUAAUUUGGUCAUGUUGUUAUAUACUAAUUGGCAAGCUGUGUCCAUUGAGACUAAAACUUCAAUGUUGGAUUAUGCAAAGCGUGCAAAGAAGGAGGACAAUGAAGAUCCAUCACAAUCUGACAUGUUUGUUGUAACUCGUACGAGCAAAAAAGGAGAGACUGAUUCGGGGACACAAGAAACAAUUGAACAUCUUCAAAAUUUGAAAGAAGCAGGAUACAAUGAUGAUGAAGCAGUUCAAACAGUUUUCGGAAAGGAGAGACAUGGAAGAGUUCGUUUCUAUGGUCGAUCAGUCACAAAAUCCUCUCUUAAAAAGCAGAAGAAAAUCCGACAAAUGCAACAACAACAUAAUGAAGUAGUUUCAACUAUGGAGAAAAAUCAAAAUAACUUAACUUCUAAGUUGGAUGGUUUAACAAACUUGAUUAAAACAUUGUUGCAACAAGUCAAUCCUGGUAUGAGUGCAGAACAAGUGCAAGUAAUGAUAGAAGUCGCCCAACAAUCUCCGCCUGACGCGAGUAGUGCACCAAAUGAUGCACGGCGAAACAUUCCUCCUUCACUUGGAUCGAACCAUGUAUCAAAGGAUAUGGAAGAAGACAUGAUGUGAUGAA